AUGACUGGAGACAAGAUCUCCCCGGAGAUUGAUGACGAAAAGCCCGGUGUCUUGCACCGUGAAGACACCAUCGACCAAGAGAAGCAGAAGCAGCUGAAGGAUGUCGACUACUCUGGCGCGACCAAAAAGACCGAUCCUGCUGAGAUUCGUUUGGUCCGCAAGCUCGACAUGUGGAUUAUGCCCACUUUAUGGCUGAUGUACUGGCUGAACUACCUCGAUCGUAAUGCCAUCGCUCUGGCACGGUUGAAUGACCUUGAGGACGAUCUGAACCUCUCUUCAUCCCAGUACCAGACCUGUGUUUCCAUUCUCUUUGUCGGCUAUAUCGCUGGGCAGGUUCCUAGCAACAUGUUGAUCACGCGACUACGGCCUUCAUACUACAUGGCCAGUGCCAUGGCCGCAUGGGCUGUUGUUAGUGCGUUGACUGCGUUAGCUAAGGACUUCACCGGCCUUCUACUAGUUCGCUUCUUCCUCGGCGUCACAGAAACACCAUACUACCCUGGUGCUCUCUACAUGCUGUCGAUCUUCUACACACGCAAGGAGAUCGCGACCCGCAUUUCCAUACUCUACACCGGCAACAUUCUCGCUACAGCUUUCGCUGGCCUUAUUGCUGCCGGUAUCUUCCACGGCAUGGAUGACCUCGCUGGCAUCAGCGGCUGGCAGUGGCUCUUCAUUCUCCAGGGUGCCGUAACCUUUGUCGUAGCCGUCUGCUCCGUCUUCGUGCUACCAGACGACCCUCUCCACACCCGCUGGCUGACCGAAGAAGAACGGCAGCUCGCCCACGAGCGCAUCCUUGCUGACACCGUCGGAGCCCGCCACCAAACCAGCACAUUCAGUGGUGUCAAAGAAGCCGCAAAGGAUCCCCGAGUCUGGCUAUUCGCAUUCAUGCAGCACAUGCAUCUCGCAGCUAAUGGCUUCAAGAACUUCUUUCCAACAGCUGUUGAAACACUCGGCUUCAAUACUACAAUCACUCUAGUCCUCACAUGCCCGCCUUAUCUCAUUGCCGGUAUUAUAUCUGUAUACUGGUCCUGGAAUUCUGGCCGCAUGAACGAGCGAACAUGGCAUAUCACCUUUGCGAAGGCGGUUGCGAUCUUCGGGUUCGUCCUUGGAUGUGCGACUCUGAAUACCGGUGCGAGGUAUUUUGCCAUGUGUGUCUUUGCGAUUGGUACUUAUGCUGUCAACUCAAUCAUCCUCGGUUGGGUCUCGAGUACGUGCGGUCAAACAAAGGAGAAGAAAGCUUCAGCUCUGGCUAUCGUCAACACCUGUGCUAAUAUCUCGUUUAUCUGGACUCCGUACCUCUGGCCAUCCUCCGACGAGCCACGCUACACAAUCGCCAUGGCAUCCAGCGCCGCAUUCUCGAUUACCUGCGCGGCUUGUGCCUGGGCCAUGAGGAUCUGGCUGCAACGCGCCAACCGCAAGAUCCGCCAGAAUAAUGAUGAGACGAGUCUUUAUUAUGCUUACUAG